UAAUGAACUGCAAGAGAAACCGGUCUGUGAUCAUGAUAAUAAUUGAAAAAUAAAACUUUAGUAGACAAACAAGCUAUACAACCUGUAAGAAUUUCAACUCUGUGAAGCGGUGCAACUGAAGUUCAGCUUAAAGCGAUUUAUAUUAAGUUUUUCAGGUGUCGCAUAAUUAAUUAUUUAUCAGUCCAGCAGUGUAAUCACAACUUGUAACAGUCCUAGAAGUUAAAACAAUGGAAUUUACUGUGAAUGUCUUUACUUUGAACUGUUGGGGUAUACCUGUUGUGUCGAAAAAUAGAAAAGAAAGGUUUGAAGCUAUAGCUAAGUAUUUACAGGAGAGCUCACAUACAAUAGUAUGUCUGCAAGAAGUUUGGAGUGAAUUUGAUUAUUUGAAUUUAAAGGACAGUUUGAAAGGAGUUCUACCAUAUUCACACUACUUUUAUAGUGGUGUCAAUGGAUCAGGACUAUGUGUAUUUUCAAAAUGGAUGAUUCAGGAUGUUUUCUUUCAUCAAUGGACCUUGAAUGGUUACAUACACAAAAUCCAUCAUGGCGACUGGUUCGGAGGUAAAGGAGUCGGCCUUUGCCGUAUUAAACAUGGUAACAGGCUUAUUAAUGUGUAUUGUACACAUCUUCAUGCAGAGUACCAUGAAGAUGAUAUCUACUUGGCACACAGGGUGUUGCAAGCUCACUCCACAGCUGAACUGGUCAAUCUAACAACAGCACCAGCAGACAUUUCAAUACUGGCUGGUGACUUGAAUGCGACGCCGGGAGACAUAUCAUAUAAGAUAAUCACCCAGCUUCCCAAAUUGAUUGAUCCAUUUUGUAUUGAACAUAAACAAAUUGAUUUUAACAACUUGAACCAAGUGGGAACUUCGGACAAUGCAAAUAAUAGCUACUCAGACCCUCGGCUGUGCAAAACAAACCCUGAGGGGAAAAGAAUAGACCAUAUCUUAUACAAAGUAAAUGCAGCUUGGGAGGCUGAAGUGGUUAAUUUGGGCAACCCAUUGCCUACAAGAGUUCCUAACAAAGAAUUCUCCUAUUCCGAUCACAACGCCGUGUCCGUACAAAUACAUUUGAAGCCAUCAGACAAUAAGACCCAAAAGGAGACCAGUUUAGACGAUGCGUUCGAUGAAACUGCUACACAGGCCAUCAAAGUAUGUGAAGAGGCUAUGGUCAACAUAUCAAAAUCUAAAACAAUGUUCUUAACCGUUGGAGGGCUUAUACUAAUGUUCCUUAUUGGUACAGUUGGGUACUGGCCAAAUCUGAUAUUUUAUGACAUAAUUAAACUAUUCAUUACUGGCCUAAGCUUUUACUAUCUGAUAAUGGGAACAGUUUGGAACAAUAUCGAAAUGAACAGCUUGAAGGCGGGACUCAGUGCCUUAGAGAAUUUCUGUCGAACUAGGAUCAGUGAUAAGGGAGAAUCUGUAUCUUUCUCACCUAAUGAUAAGUAAAGGUGAAUUGUUUAGAACUAAAACGAACAGUACACCUAUGAAUGCAUAUCCAAAUAAAUUAUAUCAAUAACUAAAAAUCCUUUAAAAUGCCUGUUUGUCAUUUUGUCAGUAUCAAUCUAAGAUUGAUUUGAGAGGCUAUAUUGAUUAGAUAUAAGUAUAUGUAUUCAAUAUUUUUUUACUGUAGCUUUAAAUGUAACGCAGCAAAUAAAUUUUAAUUCAUAAGAUUUAAUCUUGCAUUUACUAUCUAAAUGAGAGCAAAUAAGUACAUUACUACCACAUAUAUGAACGUAACAUUCCAAGACAAAUGUGAAUUUUUAGCAAAACAUCCUGCUUUAAAAUCAAUUUCCUUAUCAUCAAUCUAUUUGAUAACUAAUAAAGUUUUUUAAAAAUUAUUCCAACGAUUAUCUUAAUAUCAAGGUUAACAAUUUACAUGUCAUGAAUCAAUAAGUGAUUAAAAUAAGAUUAAGA